UUAUCAUUCUUGCUAUACGAACAUUGAACAAUGAGUGGAAGAGGCAAAACCGGUGGUAAAGCCAGAGCGAAGGCUAAGACUCGCUCCUCCAGAGCAGGGCUGCAGUUCCCCGUCGGUCGUGUUCACAGGCUUCUCCGCAAAGGAAACUACGCCGAGCGCGUCGGUGCCGGUGCUCCGGUUUAUCUGGCCGCUGUGCUCGAGUAUCUGACGGCUGAGAUCCUGGAGUUGGCUGGAAACGCCGCUCGGGACAACAAGAAGACCCGUAUCAUCCCCCGUCACCUGCAGCUGGCGGUGCGCAACGACGAGGAGCUGAACAAACUCCUGGGCCGAGUGACCAUCGCUCAGGGCGGCGUGCUGCCCAACAUCCAGGCCGUGCUGCUGCCCAAGAAGACCGAGAAACCCGCCAAAACCAAAUAAACCGAUUUAAGAUCGUUACUGAAACCCAAAGGCUCUUUUAAGAGCCACCCCAUUUUAUCUAUCAGAGAGCGCUUUUCUUGUUAAGUUUGUUUCAUCUGUAACAACAGGACAUGUUCGUUUUUUUUGUUUUGUUUUUAAAGAAGAAAUAAUUGUCAACCAAGUACACAUGAACUGUUGAGUUUGGGUAACUACAAAUGCC